AUGAUUAGGAGAAGUGACAUAACUAUUCCUAUAGUUUCAGAUAAUUACACUAGCCCAGUCCUUACAAUUCUUCUGCAUUUCCUGAAUUUUCAAGAAUUCCUAAAUGCGUUACGAUGGAAUAAGCAGUUGUUGUUUAUGGAAAUAUUACAAUGGAUUGAAAUGCAUUAUUGAUUUAAAAUAGCAAGUAAUGGCCAUAGAAUCACAAUAGUUAAUGAUGAAAAUAAAAGAAUGGUAAAAUCUCAGUAUCAAAAAGAUGAUUUUGAAGAGUAUAAAACCUUUUUAUAA